UAUCGACACUAAGUCGUAGAUAACACUUACCGAUUUUCACGAGUCUUAAACAGGUUUUCACACAUCGCCGAGAAAAAUGUGUAGUCGCUGCCUCAAUUCAGACGGUGACGCUGUUAUAAAGCGACCAUCUCAACAAACACUUCAUCGACUCUGCGACGACCACUACACGUCAAUGGCGCAGGUGUACAGAGUCAUGAAGCUAAGUGACACAGAGGGCCGCAGAUUAUCUGUGAGUCCCACUUGGGUGAAAGAGGUCAUAAUCAAAAGCGAUUUCGAUUUGGAGAAAUCGUAUUUGAAGCAUACACAGAAGGAAAUACAGAAGAUCGAAGAGCUGGUCUGUGAAAAAAUCUGCGACUUCGACAGAUACGAGGACAAUUGGGCUGCCGGUGUGCUUGUAAAGCGCCUUCUCAAAAAACGUAGAGGGCUUUUGGGUUGUCGGUUGGAACUCCAAUAUACUACACGUCCAUCAAGGACGAAUGAAAAAUUACACUGUUCUCAGUCGAGGAUAGACGAUGGAUUGAUGCGGCCAGCAAGCACCAGCAAAAAAACAGACAGCGUCUGUUCUCAAAGGAAGGAUGAUGGAUGGUGGUCACAGAAUACCCCCAUAAGUCGUCAAGGCCAUAACAAACUACGUGAAUUCCUUGACGAGCUUCAUAAGACUCAUCUUUUGUUUGCGCUGGUCAAGGCUGGAAUCACAGGGAAUGUCCAGUUUGACUCUUUUAUUAACAUGUCAUCCGCGGUGAGAAAGGCUUUUUUGGUUUCUGCUUUGGAUGACACACCGCAUGAGGCGGAUGCGAUUCAAAUAGCAGCGUUGCAAUAUGGGACAUAAGGAGUUAAAGGCCAAUCCAGAGCCAAUCAAAUGUACAGUAAUUCACAUUGAAGGAUGAUCGUUCUAUUUCCUAUGUAACAACUUUAUAAUCAGGCGAUGACACCCCGGAGAAUAUCUGGCUGUGGAAAUAACUUUGUCAACAGUUCCCGCGGGUCGGACAGCUCAGGUUUACUGUCUAUCCGACGACCAACCACAUCCACCAAGUGUCUCUCGAUCCACCGUAUCACUAUACUCUCCUGCCAGACACCGUUCGUCCAUAC